AUGAGCCGGAUACAGCGAUGCUUCAAGUCCCUGGCUUCCGCUGGUUUCUUUCGCACCCAGGACGACAACAAAUUGGAACUACUCGGCCACGGAAGGGAAUAUGCUAAGCUGCUGCAACAGCACUGGCUUCGUCUGCGUCCUCUGGCUGCUCAUCUGGGAGACACCAGCGAAUCCAGUUCACCAUCCGAUCUGCAGCGUUUUUCUUUCACCCUAAGCCAGCAAUUCCAAGCCAAUUUUACAAAGCUUCUUGAAGAACAUCCCCGCAAAGCCAAAUGCCCCACUCUUCUCAAGCACCAGAGCACUUUUUCCCCCGCUAGAAGCAAUCCUCUCUUCGUGACAAAGUCUCCUGUCACGCUUUUAACCACAGACUUCCUGGUGGAACCACAUCGCGCCCUAGAGCACUUCUACAACAUGCAGCGCGAGAGCAAGAUCUGGUGGAUGCGGCUUUCGUCCAAUCCCAGUCGAUACCGAAUCGUCCCAUGCGAUUUGGGGGACGAUCUUAGUCCCAAAAACUAUCAAGCCAUCGACAUCCGAUCAAGCUACGGCGAUGCGGGAGAAGUUACAGUAGAAGAACUGAGUCUGGUUCGGAUUGAAGAUGACAAAGACUUUCGACUGCCUGAUGCGCGAACGGGUGAUUCUAUGCAACCGACUGUAAUACGAUCUGUGAUUGAGCUGGAAGCGGCCACGUGUGCUCUGCUCUUGGACGGCUGUGAUCAUGGCCGAGAUGCGCAAUCUCUGCUGCUGCACCGUAACCUGGCUCCUUAUCAAUGUGGAAUCACCUGUUUAGAAAGCGAACCCGAGCUCUCGGAAGACCUGGCCGACCUUUGCCUUCACCUCAAGCAUGUCAUUAACCACGCAGGUUUGCGACUCUGCCAAGGCACAGGAUUUGCUUCAACCAAGGAUGAUUCACAGCUAACAGAGCAAUUGCUGGAUUCGGAUAUGCUGGGCGUACCUUAUACACUAGUCCUAAACGAUCAGACGCUGAAGAACGGACUGAUGCAGUUGCGCAGCCGGGACACCAGACUGGCGGAAACCAUACACAUAAGCGAUGUACCGGACUAUUUAUUGAAUAUAUUUAAAAACUGA